AUGGCUUUGCUCCGGCUCCUUCUUCUCCUGCUCCUCGCCCAGCGCGGGCUGGGGGCUGCCGCCGACCAAGGGCAGGCAGUGCGCGGCCGGGAGCGGGCGCUCGGAGGGAAGCAGCCUAUUUACAACCACAUCAAGAGCCGGGAGCCUCUGCCGGCCCCGCGGAGCCGCUCUACGGAGAGCACCAUCUUGGCGCAGCGGCUCGCCGAGGAGGUGCCCCAGGACGUGGCCUCGUUCCUCUACACGGGCGACUCCCGGGAGUUGCGGCGAGCCAACUGCUCCGGGCGGUACGAGCUGGCCAGCCUCGCCGGCAAGGCGCGCUUCACCUCGCACCCCUCUCUGCACGGCGCCCUGGGCACCCUCACCCACGCCACCAACUUACUCAACAUGAUCCUCCAGAGCAAUAAGUCGCGGGAGCAGAACUUGCAGGAGGACCUGGAGUGGUACCGCGCCUUGAUCAGGAGCCUGCUGGAGGAGGACCCAAACAUCUCCAGGGCCGCUAUCACUUUCAGCACGGAGCCUUUCUCCUCCACUCCCCAGGUUUUCCUCCAGGCCAGCAGGCACGAGAGCCAGGUCCUGCUGCAGGACUUGUCCUCCACGGCUCACCGCCUGGCCAACGCCUCCGUGGAAACAGAGUGGUUCCACAGCUUGAAGCGCAAGUGGAGGCCGCAUCUGCACAGGAAGGUCUUAAACACGGGCCCCAAAACUUUGGAGAACAGUUGGAAGAGGCGGGAGAGCUUCACUGCUGAUAAGAACCACAUCAGGUGGUCCUCACCGUACCUGGAGUGUGAGAAUGGGAAUUACAAACCCGGCUGGCUGGUGACUCUCUCGGCGGCUUUCUAUGGGCUGCGGCCAAACCUCCUGCCCGAGUUCAGAGGUGUUGUCAAAGUCGACAUCAAUCUGCAGAAGGUGGACAUUGACCAGUGUUCGAGCGAGGGAUGGUUCUCAGGGACGCACAGGUGUCACCUCAACAAUUCUGAGUGCAUGCCAAUUAAAGGCCUUGGAUUUGUGCUUGGAGCCUACAAAUGUAUUUGCAAGGCUGGAUUCUAUCAUCCCAACAUCUUCUCAGUGAACAGCUUUCAGAGAAAGGAUGCAGAAAAUCACUUUUCUGGCGGUGAAUUGUCAGACGAAGUCUACACCUGCCUGCCCUGCAGAGAAGGAUGUUCUUUCUGCACAGAUGAUACCCCCUGCUAUGCACAGGAGGACAAGUACUUACGGCUGGCUAUCAUCUCCUUCCAAACGCUCUGUAUGCUGCUGGAUUUCAUAAGCAUGCUGGUGGUCUACCAUUUCCGCAAGGCAAAGGUAAACCCGCGUCUUUCACUUCGCCGUUCCUCCUCACGGCGUGUGGAGCUUAUCUUGGGGCUGUAGCCUCCCAUUUUGGGA